AUGAACACGCACCAAGAAACAAGGCUUCAGAGCUUGGAUGAAUACACGAGGCAGGUCAAAGUAUAUGACGCAACUUCAUCUUCUUGGUUUGAACAAGCUUCUGAGUAUUGGAAUCAAGCUAUUUUACUUGCUCCAAGUAAUUAUAUUGAAGCACAUAAUUGGUUAAAAAUGACAGGAGGUUUUUAA